UUGGAAGAAAAAGCAGUUGUUACUAAGAAAUGUGCUGAAAAUUUUGUGUGAAUCAUUAUUUGUUACUUUUAGUUAAUAAAAUAAGGAGAAGACAUAAGAUUCUGUAAGGACAUUUCUGUGGUAUUUGGUUUUUUAAACAUAACUUGAGUAAAACUGACAGUAUUUAUUGAUGGUGAUGAAAGGAGACGAAAAGCUAAUGAAUUGAUUUGGUAUGCAAAAGCUACAUAACAAUACCACAGAUCAGAAAUCGAACCUUGAAAUAAAAUAAGCCAAAUUUAAACAACAAAUUGCGUAAAUAUACAGCUGUGUAAGGCAUUCAAGUAGGGGAAAUUUAUCUUAAACCUGUGUCACACUUAUGAAGCAAACACAGAAGCAAGUGAAUUAAACAAGUGCAGCAAGCAAUAGACACUAUAAACAUGCCAUUAGGCAUAGGAAAAUACAGUCAACAUAAUAAGUUGUCAACGAAUGGUGCUGAUGAUGAUGAUGAUGUAAUAAACCCUGUUAGAGACUAUCUUCUGUUGUACUUAGGAGAUCAAAAGAUAUCUGCAUUACACUCAAGAAAUUUUUCAUUCAUUGUAGACAAAAUUUAUAAUGAAAAAUAUUCUCCAUUGGGGGCACUGGUUCAUUUGAGAAAAUUCAAGUUCAUCGUAAAUUCUGAGGGAAUUACAAUUGUUCAACCAGCUACAAGAAAAUUUCCUUCUAAGAUUAUAACAAAGUAUCAUUUAUCAAAUGUGUUGCUAGUAACUUGUGACCUUAAGCAUGCAAAAAUAUUCACAGUUGUACUACGUGGUACCUCCAACACAGAAGCACUUCAUGUUUAUUUAUGUAGUAAAGAAGAACAUGCAAAAAAUCUGAUUGAGGAAUGUAUUAGAGAAUUUCAGAAUGCACCAUCAGUAAAAGGUAUAAAAACUUUUUCUCAUCCAGAUGGUUUCGAAAUCAUACGUGAUUGUGACACACAAACGAAUACAAGUUUUUCAGUAACAACUGAUGUAGUUGAAAAACCAGGCACUGAGAUUGCUGAAAGUAAAGUUAAAAAAGAUGACAACAAAGUGAAUACUUCAACUGACUUUGGAGACUUCCAGGUUAACUUAGGAGAAGUUCCGCAGAGCCCUAUCUUAUUAUUUGAAAAUAUCCCACAGCAAAGUGACGCGAAACUUAAGAAUACUUCCUUUGAAGAUGAAUUUGAAAAAUUAGCAUUAAAACGAAACAUUUACCAACCAGAUCAUUUACAAGAUAAAAGUGUUGAGUCUGUUCUAUUAAUGCAAGAACAUGCCCUUGACCUGAAUAACACAAGAGAGCAUAUCUUUUCUCAUUUUAACUAACUUUAAAAAAACAGAUGAUUGUUAUAUUUCAUCUUUUUUUGGAUGUCUAGUUUUUGGUGUUGAAAAUAACAGAGCUUUACAUGAUUGCUAUUGAAUAAUCUAAUGUUAAAUGAUGAAUUUCAAACAGAAGCAUAUAAUGACUUAUAGAGAGUUUAAUGUCCAGUGUUCACAAUGGGACAACAUAAUGUUUCAAAGACCCUUUCUUGAGAUGUUGUUUGUGAAAAGCAGAGCUUUUUUUUAAUAUUGUAUUUUAAUGAAAUUUUGUUAUAUAUUUGCUUUUCAACAAUGUUUUCCAAAGUUUUUUUGAAUACUGAUUAAGAUUUAAAAAUAGCUGUGAUCAGUCCCUUUUAUACGUUACUGUAAUGUGACAAUUGAUUGCCUUGAAAUUUGAUUUUCUCUAUUAGAUUUUCAGAGCUUUAAGCUGGGUGCUUGCUUGCUUGAGAAGGAUGCUUAUUUAAAAAAACUAAUUUGUUUGCAAAUAGAAAAACGACUAUUAGUUUUUUGUUUUUACUAAAAUAUAUUUUAAAAACUUGUAAAAAAAUUAAAUUUUUAGAAAAGGUUUUGUUUUUGUUAACAGGGCUCUUAUUGGAAGAAAAAGGGGGUUGUAAGUCAUGUAUUACCCAUACUGGUCUGGCGUGAAAGGACUGAUGUGACUAGAUAAGUGGGUCACAUGCAUUCUAAUUAUAAGAAAAGCAUGCUAUCCGUCUAAUUAAGCCUCAUUUUAUCCUUAACCACACAAAUUAAAAAUAGAUUCAAAUAUUUCUAUUGGGAAAUUUUAUGUCAGAAAGGUGUUUUUAUUCAUAUUUUAAACAAAAAUCUUUAUUUUUUUAGAUAUUUAUUAAUAUGGAGGCUAAAAUUUCCAAAAAUAUUUUUAUGGUUUGAUAUCAAUUUUGAUAUCAGUUUUUUUUAAAAUCAUUGUUACUUUUUUUAAGUGACAGCUGGUUCAUGUAUAAAAGGUUUGAUGAUGUGAGAAAAAGUUUUUAGCAUUAUAUUGAGAGACUGGUUUUCACUUCGUCAGUUUUUAUUGUUGUUGCUGAACUUCUAAAAAUUGAAUUAACUAUUAUUGUUUUUACUUAAAACAAACAUAUAUUAUUAUUACUAUUGUCCUGCAGGGAAUAUUUAAAGCUGCCAGUAUGAAGUUAAACAAAAUAUAAUAGUUUUUUUGUGGUGUGUAAUAGAAAAAUUUAUUUAGUA